AUCCCCCGGGAGGAGCCGGGUGUUGGAGCACGGGGGGUCUCCCUGACCCCUCCCGGGAUCCACGGGGGUUGUGUUGUCCUGCACCGCUGACACCCGGAGCAGAGGCGGUGGCGACACAUCAUGUGCCGGGCGCAAUCCCGGUGGAUGAAGGAUGCCCCCGGGAGCUCUCGGUAGGCACCGAAGGCCUCAAACUUUUAUAGGCGAAAGCGAAGACGCAAGAAUUGUUUGGGAAAACUCCUUCAAGGAAACUUGCUUCCAGCUCCCCAACGGCUGAACCCGCGCUGCGGCCCGUGCUCCGGGGGGAGCACACACCUUCCCACCCCGGCUGGAACCGUGAGCUCCUAGGCAUGGAAAGUCACGAGAGGGACUGGGAGCUGCUCUGGUUCCACGGGGUGGCCUGACGGGCCCGGAGAUGACCUAACUCUGUAGGAUCAAACUGGGCCCAGCCAAGGCCAGUUGACUGGGAAGAGCCCCCGGUAGCGGGACCGGGUUGGAAGCAACGUGAGUCCCGAACUGAGUGUGUCCCGUCACAGAUUUAUGUUCUUUUUCAAAGACAUUCUGGAGCCAGGCCGGGAUCUUUUGGCAUCCAAUUGACCUGGAAGCAGCUCUUAGGUUUGGUUUUUCUUUUCUUUUUUUUCCUUCUUUUUUUUUUUGUUGGUUGUUUUAUUUUUUAUUAUUAUUAUUCAUGUUUGUACAAUCUUCUGGAUAUUUUUUUCCCGAGAAGGAGUAAAAAGGGAGUGUUGGAAACUUAACAAAACAAGGAUUAAAGCCUUGAGCGCUUAAGGAAAAAAAAAAAAAAAAAAAAAACAGGUUAAGGAACUUAAUCCAGGAUGGAUCUGCAGGAGCCCCAGCAGCUGGGAAUGUUUGCAGAGAGCGAGCUGAUGUCGGUGGGCAUGGACACGUUCAUCCACCGCAUCGACUCCACCGAGGUCAUUUACCAGCCCCGGCGCAAGCGGGCCAAGCUCAUCGGCAAGUACCUCAUGGGAGACCUGCUGGGAGAGGGCUCCUACGGCAAAGUCAAGGAGAUGCUGGACUCAGAGACCCUGUGCAGGAGAGCCGUCAAGAUCCUGAAGAAGAAGAAGCUGCGCCGGAUCCCCAACGGGGAGGCCAACGUGAAAAAGGAGAUCCAGCUCCUGCGGAGAUUACGGCACAAAAACGUCAUCCAGCUGGUGGAUGUGUUGUACAACGAGGAGAAACAGAAAAUGUAUAUGGUGAUGGAGUACUGUGUGUGUGGGAUGCAGGAAAUGCUGGACAGUGUCCCAGAAAAGAGGUUUCCAGUGUUUCAGGCUCACGGGUACUUUUGUCAGCUUAUAGAUGGCUUAGAAUACUUGCACAGCCAAGGGAUUGUCCACAAGGAUAUAAAACCUGGGAACCUCCUGCUAACAACCAAUGGGACACUAAAAAUAUCUGAUUUAGGAGUAGCAGAGGCAUUGCAUCCGUUUGCGGAGGACGACACGUGCAGGACGAGCCAAGGGUCGCCAGCAUUCCAGCCCCCAGAAAUUGCCAAUGGCCUUGACACCUUUUCAGGCUUUAAAGUCGACAUCUGGUCUGCAGGGGUGACACUAUACAACAUCACAACGGGUCUGUACCCUUUUGAAGGGGAUAAUAUCUAUAAAUUAUUUGAAAACAUCGGGAAAGGCGACUACACAAUUCCAGAGGAUUGUGGUCCUCCACUCUCAGACUUAUUGAGAGGAAUGCUUGAAUACGACCCAGCCAAGAGGUUCUCAAUACAGCAGAUAAGGCAGCACAACUGGUUUAGGAAGAAACAUGCUCAGGCAGAGGCGCUGGUGCCCAUCCCUCCCAGCCCUGAGACAAAGGACAGGUGGAGGAGCAUGACGGCGGUGCCUUACCUGGAGGAUCUGCAUGGCUACAAUGAGGAAGAGGAUGAUGACUUGUAUGACAUUGAAGAUGAUAUCAUCUACACUCAGGACUUCACAGUACCAGGACAGGUGCCUGAGGAGGAGGAGGCCGGGCAGAACGGGCAGACAUCCCUGGGCCCGGGCCAGCCUGUGUCCCCCUCCUUGCCCCAGCUCUGCCUCUCUCCUGGGACUGGACUGUGCUUGCAAUCCAAAAGGAAACCAGAAGAAACCAACCAAGGAGCCCCCCCGUUCCUUCCCUGCCCGCACCCCUGCUCCGGCCAGCGCCAGGACACGAAGCUGCAGUGGCCACACCCUCCUCCCUGCCCAUCCCAUCGGACACCUGGGAGUUGAACUCUGCGGCUGCCGGGACGCUGCCCCCUUCCCCCCCGAUCACUCUUUGCCAAUCAAGACACUGAUUCUGUUUUUAAUUUUGCGAUGGGAAGGGUGGGAUGAGGGGUCAAGGGGCCCCCUGGCCGUGUAGAGUCGUGCAAAGCCAUUGCCGUGCACUUUAUGUUUUAGACUACUGUUAUAUAUUAUAUAUUUUCCUCUCUCUUUUAUUUUUUUGUUUUAAUUUUUUGUUUGUUUGUUUUUUGUUUAUAUUUGCGGUAUAUUUAGAGAUUCCUACACAUCGUGAUGUGUUAAAAUAAACCAGAUGAGGAAAAAAAAAA